AUGGGCUGGAAAUUACUGGAUUGCGCAGAGACAACAUGUGCGAGAGAUAGGACAUCAGUCGAUGCAGACCCAGAUAUUGCUGUACUCUUCUUACACCACUUCGAAGAGAUCGUAAACUUCUUUCGAAGACGCUUUAUGAAACGGAAGCCCACGUAUGAGCAGAACCAACACCACGAAGGACCCUACUGGCGAAGCGUCGCUUUCUGGGCAAAGGUGCUGAGCAAGAACCUUCUUGCUCUGUCUGACACACAACUGCUUACAGGACUUGCUAUCCAGUUCACAGCAAUGAUCAAACAUUGCUCAAUGUCUGUGUAUCAUUUCAGGAUUGUCGUCGAUCUUGCCUUCCUCACCACGGUUACGCAUCUCCUCACAGUGGUGGCGCUGCGCGACUACUUUGUGAACUACAAGUGGAUCAACCUGCCGCGAAUAAUCUUUAUGUUGGCCAACCUUGCACUCCUAGGCUACACUUCCUUCGUCGCAUACUCAUAUGACCUCGCUCAGCUUGAGCUCUCCGACUCACUGGCUUGCUUCUUCCAUCAGGACCGACCACACUUCUCAGCGGCGUUCGGCGGGAAAUGGGCUGCUCUUUUGAUAGGCGCCAUUGGCGGGCACGCUGCUGUGAUAGCAGCCAUGUACUGGUUCAAAGAACCUGACCCGGCAAAGAAAGACGCGUGGUGGUACUGGAUCUGGUAUGGCGGCGCUCUCAUUCGCACAUGGCUUGUUGCCCCCGUAUACGCUAUCUAUGGGGUCUAUAUGGCUUCUGAUGGGCUGUCAGAGACCCAGGCUCUCGGCAACCCGCCCAAAGGCGUCAUAAUCGACGGCAACGAACGUGCUUGGAACUUUGGACAGUUUUUGCCUGUGCUGUUACUUGCUUUGCCUAUAUUCGCUGGAUGGGAGUGUUUCUGGGAAGAGAAGGACGAGGACCGCGAGAACCGCUUUUUGCUCAAUGGCGCAAAGAAGUCGAGGAAUACCGUAGAUGAGAACUCUCUCUCGAUGUUCCAUGGACAAAACAAAGCAAAAUACGGCGGCCACUCUAGAGAUGCCUCGAGGGAAGAACAAUCCAUUGAAAGCAUCGGUCCAAGCCCCGCAAUCACACCACGUCCGAGCCCACACGUAUCGCCGCAUCUUCGCUCCACGUCUCUGGGCAAUCCGGAUCGUCGCGCUUCGACGGAACCUGAUACCCUACUCUCCAUACCGUUACCGGCAGCGAGCUCUGGCCUUGGUCUCAAUUUUAGCAGACCAACUCCACCGAGGACACCCUCCAUGAGCCCAUCUCGGCUUCGUGACAGCACAACCUGA